AUGACUGAACAAGACCGCUCACUAUCUACUAUGGUUGAGUCCCAAAGGGGCGAGGAUCCAGGUUAUCGACAACCACUUGUGUAUAUUCCGCAAGAUUGGUAUAUCUACUAUUAUCUCUCUCAGCGCCUGCCCGCGCUCCCGCUCAAUCACUCAUUUCAAAGUGCGCAGUACGGUGUCCGCAGGCAAUGUGAGAAGCGCACAACGUCAAUUGCAUUGUUUCGAACAUCUUUCGGUAGUGCCAUUCUACUACUAAUGCCUACUAUCGUACGCCCAAAUGAUCAAAUUAGAGUUUACUUACAGCCUUAUUCCUCUGUCCUGCGUAUCCAAAGAUCUCCUCACACUACCACCUAG